UAUUGUGAUUGGCAAUUCCAACGUUGGCCAACUGGUUUUUUUGCGUGUUUGUUUCAAUAUUUUUCUGCUAUUUUUAGCGAUUAUCGAAAAAUAAACGAUUGUUCGAAUACAAUUUGCAAGAGCAAAAUUAAAAGCGAAAAAUCAAAAUAAACAAAGCGCAACCGGUAGAAAAUUCGGCAUAUUCAACUUGUGGUAAGAAGCAAGUAGCCAAGCGUGAAAAUAUUGCUAUUGUUAGAUAAUUGCAAAAAAGUGAGGAAGUAGCACCUGCUACGCCAAUCCUAUUCGAUGUGUAAAAUACGCUGCUGUGUGCGUUACAAAAAUAUAGGCAGUUUUGGCAAAUAUAAGUAAAACCUGCUACAAUUACAGCAACAAACACAAACAAGUAAGAAAACAUCAACAGUGACGCCUGCAAUUGCAGCGAGUAACUGAGAAAAGUGCGGAACAAGCUACCGUGUGUUUGUGGGUGUAUAAUUGCAAUUACAAUAAAUAGUGCAUAGGUGUAUUAGUAGAAGGCGACGAGAAUGUCUGUGCGCCUACUAACCUUACGACUGGUUAAACAUGGUCGCUACUUCCUACAAAGCUACUGGAAACGCGAUAUACACGUCAACAUUUUGGAACAAAACCGGGAGAAGACGCGCCGGAGUUUACCCAACUCUUUGAGGUCGGGUGCUGUUAGUGCUACCGCGUCCGCUCAACCUUUGCCGGCUAGAGGAGCGCUUCAUGGCAUUACAAAUGCUGCUACAGGCGGUGCACCUAAAACGCUACCACGUACCGGCCUCUUAAGCGUUGGUCAACAAGCGCGCAAACUUUUUAUCGAUAAUAUCUUAAAUCGCGUCACAACUAAUUACUCACAAGAAUUGCGUACGCAAGCCACUAAAAAGCUCUUCUAUGGCGAUUCUGCACCUUUCUUUGCACUGGUCGGCGUAAGUUUAGCCUCCGGCGCCGGUGUGCUAACAAAAGAGGACGAAUUGGAGGGUGUUUGUUGGGAGAUACGCGAAGCUGCCGGUCGCCUGCAAGCCUCUUGGAAUUACGAUGAAAUUUCCGAAAGUCUUAAUAGUGACUUUAGUAUCGAUAAGUUGGACGUUGGACCGGCUAUUGCAAAAGGCUGUGCUGCAGUAGUGUAUUCGGCAGCAUUUAAAAAUGGGGGAACCCAGGCUACAACUGUAGAAACACCUGCUUUAGAUGCAACGCAUGACGCCGAAGCGGCUGCUGCUAUGGCGCGUGGUAACGUGUCCACACCACUACAACAGCAAUCCUUCCGUCCCGAAUUGAUGUCACCAAUACAGAAUAUGUCACGUUUUGUACACAAUUUCGGCAGCUCUAUGGAUAACCUGAAUGAAUUGUAUAAUCAGAACUCCGCGGCUGCCGCCUUUGUCGCCGAGCGUAGAGCACGUCGCGCCAGUGCCAUGGAAGAAGAAAAUAUGCAGAAAUUGAAUACUGAGUUGAAUGGUGACCGGAAUGAUGGCUUCUCUGGUAUUAGCAGUGGUAUGCAAGGGCUCCAAUCCAUCGAUGCGCCAUUAGCUGGCAUAAAUCGCUAUCCGCUUGCUUUGAAAAUGAUGUUCAACUAUGACAUACAAAGUAAUGCGCUCUCCAUACUGCGCGCUAUGUACAAGGAGACUGUGCCGGCACGUGCACGUCGCAUGAAUGACUGUUCGGAGGAGUGGGAGCGCUUAAUACAAAAUCAAACGCUCUCCUUGCCGGCUCACCCCAAUAUAGUUUGCAUGUUUGGUUUCUUCUGCGAUGAGGUACGCAACUUCCCCGACGGUCAUAUACUUUAUCCAGUUGCACAGCCGCAACGCAUCAACCCAAAUGGUUAUGGUCGCAAUAUGUCGCUAUAUCUUUUGAUGAAGCGCUACGACUACAGCUUGCGCGCACUGCUCGAUUCACACAAGUUGAGCGCGCGUACCAAACUAUUGUUGUUGGCCCAAUUGCUUGAAGCUACCGCACAUAUUAAUCGUCAUGGCAUUGCACAUCGCGAUAUCAAGUCAGAUAAUAUACUUAUUGAAAUGAAUGAUGAUGAUUCACCGCCGGUAUUGGUGCUUUCCGAUUUCGGUUGCUGUUUGGCGGAUAAAGUGCACGGUUUGCAAAUACCUUACACCUCUUACGAUAUCGACAAGGGUGGUAAUGCUGCACUGAUGGCGCCUGAGAUCAUUAACAAACAACCCGGCCCAUUUGCCGUGUUGAAUUAUGCAAAAGCUGAUUUGUGGGCCUGUGGUGCGAUUGCCUAUGAAAUUUUCGGCCAACGCAAUCCUUUCUACUCAUCAAGUGGCGGUUUGGCCUUGGCUAAUGGCGAACAAACUUUAUCAUUGCGCAAUAGUGAUUAUAAGGAGAGCGAUCUGCCACCGCUGAGUGAUGAAUGCCCAGCGAUUGUGCAGCAAUUGAUCUAUAAUAUAUUGCAUCCGAGCCCUGCUAAACGUGUAAGCCCAGAUAUCGCAGCCAAUAUAUUGCAACUGUUUCUGUGGGCGCCAUCCAAGUGGCUUAAAGCUGGUGGUAUGCCCAAUAGUCCGGAGAUUCUCCAAUGGCUGCUUUCACUCACCACGAAAGUAAUGUGCGAGGGACGUGCUGCUGUUGAUCAGCCGAGUUUCAAUGAAAGCGGUCGUCGCACUUAUGUGGAAUAUUUGUUGAUAUGUAGUUUCUUAACGCGUGCGCGUCUACGACGCAUACGUGGCGCACUCAAUUGGAUACAAGAUGCGGUAGUGGCUUAAGCAAGCAAAUUCAAGAUAAAAAAUAAUUGUAACAUAGAAUUAAACUACAGCGAAAACUAAUAUUGCACUUGCAAAUAAGCGCAUCAUCAUAAUCUAGCAUUGCUAUUGUUGAUAAUAAUGCUAUGCUAAAUUAGCCAGCACCUGUUUUUGUUAAAAAUUUGUAAAAUCAUUUUUUAUUUAUUUGUAUGUUUGGUAAGGAAAAAUUUUAAGUCGCUGAAGCGUUUAGCAAUGAAAAAAUGUGUGAUUUGUGAUUAACGAUGAACAUCAUACGAUUUACCGUUGUUUAUAUGCACUUAAAUAUAAAUAUUAGAAAUCACUAAAAUUGUUUAUAUUACUUAUUGGUGACUAAAAACUAUUUGUUAACCUGAAAGGCGAAAUUUUUGAAAUACAGAUACUGAAAUAUUUUGCCUAAACUAUUGUAUUUAACGGUAGAAGAUAGUAUGUAGUUAACAAUAAUUUUAAUCUGAACAAUAAAGACACUAUAUCGCGGCAACGUUGCGUAAAGCUUGCAGAUAUGUUAACGAAUAUUUAUCAUGCGUAGAUGCAGAAAAA